AAUACGUCCAAUUAGAUUGGAACGCCGGGUACCCUACUCUAACAAAGAUGGCUUCGCCGAAGAAGGGAAAGGAGAAAAACAAUGGAAAACCACCGGAAAAGAAGGAAGGACUGGGGUGGAUUGAAUGGCUGAUGGGGUGGUUAAAUCUGGCGUACGAGAUGCUGUUCCAGAGGAUUAUCGCCAGCAAUUUGCCCAACCCGAUGCUUCUUCCCCCCAUUAAUGACCUCACUUUCGUUGUCACCGGCUCCACCUCUGGGAUCGGCAAAGAAAUUGCCAGGCAAUUGGCUGAAGCAGGCGGGCAUGUUGUGAUGGCUGUUAGAAACCCAAACGCAGCUAAUGACUUGAUUAAAAAGUGGCAGGAAGAUUGGUCUGGGAGGGGUCUUCCUCUUAAUAUCGAGGUUAUGGAGCUUGAUCUACUCUCGCUGGAUUCUGUUGUGAGAUUCGCUGAAGCUUGGAAUGCAUGUUCAGGACCUCUACAUGCUCUCAUCAACAAUGCUGGGAUAUUUUCCAUUGGA